UGAACUCCUCGUGGUUCUUCACCCCGUUGAAACACUUUGACCAGUGAAGAUGAGCGGAAGAGGCAAAGGAGGAAAAGGACUCGGUAAAGGAGGCGCUAAGCGUCACCGCAAAGUCCUCCGUGAUAACAUCCAGGGAAUCACCAAGCCCGCUAUCCGCCGUCUGGCUCGCCGCGGUGGAGUGAAGCGUAUCUCCGGUCUGAUCUACGAGGAGACCCGCGGAGUGCUGAAGGUCUUCCUGGAGAACGUGAUCCGUGAUGCCGUCACCUACACCGAGCACGCCAAGAGGAAGACGGUGACCGCCAUGGAUGUGGUGUAUGCUCUGAAGAGACAGGGACGCACUCUCUACGGAUUCGGGGCGCCCAAGAAGGGCUCCAAGAAAGCCGUCUCUAAGACCGUCAGCAAGACCGGCAAGAAGAGGAGAAAGUCCAGGAAGGAGAGCUACGCCAUCUACGUGUACAAGGUGAUGAAGCAGGUCCACCCCGAUACCGGCAUCUCCUCCAAGGCCAUGGGCAUCAUGAACUGCUUCGUGAGCGACAUCUUUGAGCGCAUCGCCGGUGAGGCCUCUCGUCUGGCUCACUACAACAAGCGCUCCACCAUCACUUCCAGGGAGAUCCAGACCGCUGUCCGCCUGCUGCUGCCCGGCGAGCUGGCGAAGCACGCGGUGUCUGAGGGAACCAAGGCCGUGACCAAGUACACCAGCUCCAAACUCGGGUGCUGGGUCGCUGCUCCAGGCGGAGCUGAGCUCCACGAGGAGCCCCUCGCCAAUCAGGAGCUGGAGAGACGAGAAGAAGUCAUGGCGAGAACCAAGCAGACGGCUCGUAAAUCCACCGGAGGCAAAGCCCCCAGGAAGCAGCUGGCCACCAAGGCUGCUCGGAAGAGCGCCCCGGCCACCGGCGGCGUGAAGAAGCCUCACCGUUACCGGCCCGGUACCGUGGCCCUGAGGGAGAUCCGUCGCUACCAGAAGUCCACGGAGCUGCUGAUCCGCAAGCUGCCCUUCCAGCGUCUCGUGAGAGAAAUCGCUCAGGACUUCAAGACCGACCUGCGCUUCCAGAGCUCCGCUGUUAUGGCUCUGCAGGAGUCCAGCGAGGCUUACCUGGUCGGCCUCUUCGAGGACACCAACCUGUGCGCCAUCCACGCCAAGAGGAUGAGUGGAAGAGGCAAAGGAGGAAAAGGACUCGGUAAAGGAGGCGCUAAGCGUCACCGCAAAGUCCUCCGUGAUAACAUCCAGGGAAUCACCAAGCCCGCUAUCCGCCGUCUGGCUCGCCGCGGUGGAGUGAAGCGUAUCUCCGGUCUGAUCUACGAGGAGACCCGCGGAGUGCUGAAGGUCUUCCUGGAGAACGUGAUCCGUGAUGCCGUCACCUACACCGAGCACGCCAAGAGGAAGACGGUGACCGCCAUGGAUGUGGUGUAUGCUCUGAAGAGACAGGGACGCACUCUCUACGGAUUCGGGGGUUAAACUCUGACUAGCAUCAAACAACCAAAGGUCCUUUUAAGGGCCACACACUUAAAACAUAAAGAGCCAAUUGAUAUCA